AUGGCGCUAUAUAAAUCUACUAAGAUGGAUCACGUUCAGGCUGAUAAGGAAACCCACGAUCUUGAUGAUACGCCGCAGUCUAUUGUUGCGCAUCCUACUUGGACAGAUGACGAAGAGAAGGCAGUUGUCAGAAAGCUCGACAUGAUCCUCAUGCCCCUUCUCGUCCUCGGCUUCUACGCCCUCCAGCUCGACCGCAGCAACAUCAGCAACGCCCUAACCGACACGCUCACAACCGAUCUAAACAUCACCAAAGACGAUGUCAAUCUUGGCGACCAGCUCAUGAUGGCCGGCAUAAUCAUCGCCGAAAUCCCCUCCAACAUCAUCCUUCAAAAACUCGGCGCGCCGAUCUGGCUGACGGGCCAGGUGCUUAUCUGGGGAACUGUUGCGUUGACACAAGCUUGGGUUACGAACGUGCAUUCCUUCUUUGCGACACGAUUUCUUUUGGGGUUCUUCGAAGCUGGAUUUAUUCCCGGCGGACAGUAUAUGCUUGCGCUGUUUUAUCGGGAGAAGGAGUUGGCGUUGAGGACGUCGGUUUUUUAUUUUGGGAAUUACUUUGCUACUGCUACGGGGUCGCUGAUUGCUGCUGGUGUCUUGCAGAUGGGCGGUAUAGCUGGUCUGGCAGGCUGGCAGUGGCUCUUCAUCAUUGAGGGCAUCUUUACUCUACUGGUCUUCUUCGUCUUCAUCCUUCUUCUACCCCGAUCACCAAUUCACACGAAACCUAUUCACGGCCGUUUCGACCUUUUCACCUCUCGUGAGCGUGAAAUCAUGCACGACCGAAUCUAUCAAGAAGACAUCUCCAAGACCGAAGCGCACGCAAAGAUCACAUUCCGAGGCGUUACCGCCGCCCUCACUGAUUACCGUAUAUGGAUCCACACUAUUCUAAACGUCAUAUCUCUCGCUCCAAAGGGCGGCCUUCAACUCUACGGACCAACCAUCAUUCGAAGUCUAGGCUUCAGCAAGAUCAACUCCAACCUUCUAAACUCCGUCAGCAGCUUCCUCGUCAUUUUUCUCAGCUUCGCCAUCGCUUGGGCUUCCGACAAAACGAAGCAGCGAGGUCUAUGGUGCAUGGUCGCGUUUCUUUGGAGUAUUACAUUCGGCGGUGCUUUGUUUGGAUCUACUGAUAAAGACAAGUGGACCAAAUACGCCCUCUUCACCCUCUUAAGUAGUGGCAAUGCGUUAUCUCAAGGUCUCAAUGAUGCCUGGUUGAGUAUCAAUACUCGAUCUGCUGAGAAGCGCAGUAUUGGAUUGGCGUUGGUUGUCAUUGGGAGUAAUGCUGGUGGACUAGCUGGAAAGCAGCUUUUUCGUGAGAGUGAUGCGCCAAAGUAUACAAAGGGAUUCUUGGCUAUUGUCUUGCUGUAUGCGGCUGCUCUGCCGAUUACUGCGGUGAUUAUGGGGGUUUACUGGCGACAGAAUAAGAAAUUGGAGAGGGAGCUCGUUGAGAAUGAAGGGGAUGUUGAUGAGCAGGACGUGAUGAAGAAUGAUAGCCCCCUCUCCACCGCUGACUCUCAAAUGCCGGUCGAUCCAGACUCGAUAACAAGCCCUGUCAAGCUGAGCAUCUGCACACCGAGACAAGAUCCCCGGGCCAUCAUGGACUCACCUCACACGGACGAGAAGAACACCAUUCUGAAUGAGCAAGAACGAAAACAGGCAGAAUGUAUUCGCGAGCUGAAGAACCGCGUGAAUGCGGACCAGCGAUCUGAUAGUGAGCGUGUAGAAGCGCUUCAGAAGGAGAAUCGAUUGCUGAGACAGCAGUUGAUUGAUGUUCAGACGAAAAUGUCGCGGAUGAUGGCGUCGGUGCAGUUGUUGAGUGACUCGGUGGCUAAGACGCUUGAUGAUACGGCGAGUGGCGAGGGGGAUGAGCGACGCAGAGAUGGUGAGAGAGAAAGAGAUCAGCGGGUGAAUGGGAAGACUAGGAAUGAUGAACAGAUUGUUGAAGAGUCGGCGUUGCAGUCGAUUGACUUGGAGGCGUUUGAUCCGUCGAUUCUGGACUUUGAUGCACCGUUUUCAUCAUCAAACGUCAGCGCUCCAACGACAGAUAAUGGCAUCUCAUCAGAACUCAUCAAUGUUUCCGGAACAAGUCCAUUCUACUCUCAGAUCCCAAACAUCUGGAGCCACGAGUAUCAGAUGGGCAUGCAGCCUUAUCUAACUGCCAUCAAUGCGACAGCCGAGUCAAGCAUGGUUUUAGGGAAAGAUUACUCAUUUACCAAUUCACCAUUCUCGGAUCAUAUCCAAUUACUUCAGCGAAUGCUCAAGAACAAGCUUAAUACUCUUGGAUUUGUUCCAGAAGGUCAUAAUCCUGUCCAGAGUGUCUACCAACCAGUCCUUAUGGUCUUAUCCAUGUUCAACAGCAUGACCCGUCCAGACGUAAUGGCAUGGUACGCCAAAACACGCUUCUACCACAUCAUCGAACUCACAGCCUGGCAACUCUACCCAUCCUCCGCAACCUUCAACAAACUCCAUCCCCGCUAUCGCCCUACAACAGCACAGCUUGAAAAUCCUCACCCCGGCAUCAUCGACUGGAUCCCCUUUCCUACAAUUCGCGAUCGCUUAAUUCAGCUGCACUCUGCAAACCCUCACAUCGACCAGAUCUUCUGCGACGCUGUAACAGGCUACGUCGUUGAGGCGCUCAUGUCAGAUCUCGUCCUGGGUGCCCCGCAGAUAACGGUCUACGUGCGUGUAACAGACCUCAUCAACACCAUGUCGUCCGGAACAUCCGAGAGCGAAAACACAAUUGCCAUGCUCCCUGCACCAGACAUUUCAACGUUAUUCUCAUCACCUGCGUAUGCUCGCGCCGCGUUUAAUAAAUUGAACAUGGACAAGGGCGCGGGCUACUACAAGAUCGACCCCGCAUUCUUCGAAAAGUAUCCUGAACUCUGGGACCAGGCCAGCGAUCUCACAGCAACGGGAAUGCCGCUGAAGCCAAAGUAUCAAAAGAUCCUUACGUAUCCGAAACCGCUCGACUCCUCAACUGUGGAGACUUAUCGAAGCUUCAUCGAUUUUUCUCUCGAUGCAGCGAAUACGAUAUCAAUGUCCCCAUGA